AUGUCGUAUCAGGUGUUUGACGGACUUGCCUUAAAAAGACCACGUCGUCAAAAUUCUUUGCCUUACGGUGGUUGGGCUAAUUCAAACAAUAAUCCAAGUGGAGCCAUACCAGGUUCCUACUAUGGAACAGGAAAUAAUCCAAAUCUAGGUGGUUAUUCAAAUUCUGAUCGAUUUCAAAGCGACAUCAAUUAUUCACCGUAUGGUUCUCAACCAAAUCUCAACUCAUUGCCAUACUACAAUGGAAACCAAAAUCAAAAUGCUCAAGGUGGUCAAGUUUAUUUUGGUUCUAACAAUAUGUAUAAUGGCCUUAAUAGACCUAACAGAUAUGCACCCGGUAGUCAGGGAUGGUAUGCAACAGGUGGAAAUUAUAACAACAAGAAUAUAUCGUUGACAUAUUAUAAACACAUCGAUGAACGUAAACGGUCACUUGAUUAUUACCCGCUUUUGCUAUUGGAAUGUGCCGGUUGCCGCACCCAAAAUAUGGAUAACGAUACAAAUAUGAAACGUCGACAUAUUCAAAAAGAUGAGCAAAUUUGUGAAGUUAAAUCUGUAACAUUAUUAAAGGCAAUUGAUCAAUUUGAAUAUUAUUUAUCUCAGUUAUCAUCGAAUGAUUUGAAAGAAUACGAACAACAUGUUCGGUCGAAAUUAGACAGAGAUGAAUUGAAAGGUCAUACAUCAUCAGUAUCAACAUCAUUUUUAAAAUUAAAUUUUGAUCGAUUUGUUUUACUUGGAAUUUUACUCAUAUUUCAGUCAUUUUCAUCAUUUAUUUUGAGUUCAUUUUCCGAUCUCAUUUCAAAUCAUAUACAAAUCACAAUGUAUCUGACUAUGCUCGUUGGUAGUGGUGGUAAUGCAGGAAAUCAAGCAGCAGUGUUAAUGAUUCGACAAUUAUCUAUUGGAAAGCGAUAUAAACUGUCAACAUUGUUAUUUAAUGAAACAUUAUCAGCUUUAUUUAUUGGUACACUGAUAACAAUUGUGGGUUUUAUUCGUGUUUUAAUCGAAGAAAAUGGCGAACUGCGAACAUCAUUGACAAUUUCUCUAGCUUUAUUUUUAAUAGUUACCAUUUCUGUUGUUCUUGGAACCAGUUUACCAUUGAUAUUACAUCAGAUAUUUGGUUUAGACCCGGCACAUGCUGGACCCACAAUUCAAGUAUGCAUGGACAUUAUUGGCGUUUGUAUUACGUGUGCUAUUGGACAAUGGAUGUUAAAUUAA